CGGAACUUGUUACUGUUAAGAGCAUUACCAUUCACUGUUAACACCAUUAAUAUUCACUGUUCAAGCAACUUUUGUAUGUAACUAUUAUAAAUGCAUUCGCAAGCGUCGCAAGAGAACAAGUUGCAGUAAAUUCAGUGACAGUAAAAUCAAGCAACAAUAAUAACAACAGAUAAUCAGUUAACUCACAGCGGCAUUUGUUUAUUUUCACGUUGUUCGUUUGGUCAAAGCAGCCUUCGCUUGAAUUUCGGCUAUUGUGCGGAGUUUGUUUUUUAGAAAUCCAAGAACAACAAAUCUGGCAAGUGGCAAAAAUUCGUGAAUUUUUUUUUUAAAUAUAAAUAAAUGUAUUUGUAUUGACGCAAGCAAUAAAUAUUCGUGAUGGUAAUUUAACGCAUUUGCUACUGUUUGACAAUUAGGAAAUAUUUUUGCAUAAAGCGUUGCAAAUUGGUUUCAUCAAUUUGGUGUGUUUGGAGCAUAAAUUGUGCCGGGCUCAGAAAGUGUGUUUUGAUACAAAAUUAAAAUGAAAUUAAAAACAACUAAAAGUCCAAUUGGAAAUAACCCUAAUAAAUGUCGAAAAUUGAAAAUAAUAAAUAUAUUUUGAAAUGAUUGUAGUAAUUGCCUUUUACAAGUACAACAAAUGUAAAUAAUAAAUCGACAAAGAGAGAGAGAGGGAGAGGACAAAAAUGAAUGAAUGUGCCCUGUAAUAUUUAUAAGAAGCGAAAAAAGCAAGAUUAAACAACAAACAAAUAAGUGACCGCGAACCCAGCUUGUAAAAGUCUACGCAACACAUAUGUACAUACAUAUGUAUAUUUUUACAUAAAGUGCACAUAAAAGUUGAUACAUACAAACAUAUUUACAUGUAAAGUGUUUUUUUUUUGGUGUUGUCGUGCUUUAUUUUGUGCGCUAAAGAAAAUCAGUAGCUAUGUGGUGUUGACACACAUAUUUACAUACAACCACAAACAUACUCAUGUUUUACAAAGCAACACGUUGUCAUUUCAGAUUUACAUAUAUGUAAAUAUAAAGUUAAAAAAUAUUUUGACUGAAUCAAUGACACGCGCAGCAGAGAGACCUACAAAAAAAAUACUAAAAUCAAUUUUUUUUUAUAAUUGGCAACACUGUGUAUUGUAAAAGUGAUUAAUUAAUUCCAUAAUUGCAAGAAGUGUGCAAAAAUAUUAAAUCGAAAUUAUUUUAAAAAUUUAUUAACAAGUGAAAGGCUAACAAUUUUAAUCCAGCGCCUUGUUUUGCUUGCCAACGAUUUGGUUGGAAUUUUUCUUACUGUUGGAUAGGUUGGAGUUGCAUUUUUAUAUUUCAACGCUUGUGAACGAAAAUUUCUUCGAAUUUGCAUAAAGUUAAUUUACAAAUACAUUGGAGCCUAGAGCAAACAAUCUAAUAGUGAAAUUAAGAUUUGAAACUAAAAUUCAGCAAAAAAUUAACGAGCUAUUAGCUUAUGGCUCAGCGCUUCCUCAGUCAUGCAAAUUAACAGAAAUAAUUAUGUUCACUUGAAGGUCUCUAUUAUUAUCUAUUGUACUUUGAAUUUUUAACCCACAAAUUGGGAGUUGGAAGUUGAUAUUAUUUAAGAAGCAAGCUUUUACAAUUACAACACAUGAAAGCUGGUCAUGAAUGAACGCAAAGUACAAGUUAUAUGAGGUGUACUUUCUUAUAGCAAUACUUUAUAUUACAUAUAUGCUGGCAAGCUGUACACUCUUGCUGCCUUCCUACACGAAACGCGUAACUACUAGUCCUCCACUGCCGCACUAAACACACACAAAAAUGGUGCGCUUCGAGCCUUUAGGUCAAAAAAUGUUCACACGCCGCAAUUGGCUGCUACGUUGCAGUAUAUUGAUCAACAUCCUGGUCAUACUCUACAUAUGCAGUCAUGUUAUGAUUGGCAAUGGCACCGGUUUUAAUGGCAGCAACACUUUCUUCAUACAGGAACACGGUGUGGAUACAGCGAAUAGCGCACAAUUGAUAGGUGACAAAAUACAACCGCCCCCGCCACCGCCACCGCCACCUGCAUCAAACGAUCUAUCACUACCACCACUAUCACCCAACGAUUCCGGUAGUGCUGCGGCGGCGGCGCCUGCUACAGCUGUUGACGCAGCAGCAGCAGCGCCCACUCAAAAUCAAGGCGGUAGCGUUGUGGCGGGGAAUAUUGGUGGUGUUGCUAACGUAGGCGAAGCCGCUGUAUACACAAAUAAUUCUGUAAACGAUGGCGAACCGGCUGUCGCUGAAGAAAAAGAUCCAGAAAUACGGCUAGAAACACUCUUAAAUUGCUAUAAUCGCGACUUCAAGCCAGAGGUCUUGCAACGUGGCGAUUUCUGGGUACUCAAGAAUUACGUUCGCGCCGAUCAUGGUCCGCUCAAGUGCUCCGAAUCGAUCACUUAUACAACGCAUGCGGAUUACACAUUUUUAGAUAAUCUCAUACCGCUACUGGAGCGUUGGAAUGCUCCCGUUAGCAUUGCGAUGCACACACCGGGCACUGAUUACCAACCGACCAUUGACGCCAUUAAGUACCUGCGUGAAUGCCUACCGGAAAGUCCAUUGGUGCGCACAUUUACCACAUUCCAUCUUUACUUUAGCACGAAACACAUACCUAAACAGGUGGCGAAGCAAUCGGAAGUGCUGAAAACGCCCUACAAUUGCACGCUGCCGCCACCCUAUUUCAAUGUCAGUUCCGGCCAUUUAUAUAAGUCACAAAAAAAAUUAUUAUAUCCGGUGAAUGUGGGUCGUAAUAUAGCGCGCGAUGCUGCCUUAACACAUUUCAUAUUAGCCUCAGAUAUUGAAUUGUAUCCAAAUCCCGGGUUGGUAAGGAAAUUCCUCGAGAUGAUUGCGCGCAACGACGCGUAUCUGCAACGCAAAGCGCCGAGGGUAUUUCCGCUCUCCAUCUUCGAAGUGGAAGCCAAUGCAACUGUGCCACGCGACAAAACGGAGUUGCAAGAAUAUUUACGCACCGGCAAAGCGAUACCCUUCCAUAAGCGCGUGUGCGCCAGUUGUCACGGCGUGCCACAGUCUAAGGAGUGGAUGGCCGCCAAUGAAACCGAUGAGCUGAGCGUUUUCCACAUUGGCAAGCGUACGGGCUAUUUCAGGCAUUGGGAGCCUAUCUAUAUUGGCACACAUGCCGAUCCGCACUAUGACGAGCGAUUGAGCUGGGAGGGCAAAAGUGAUAAAAUGACGCAGGGUUAUGCGCUCUGCGUUUUAGACUACGAGUUCCACAUACUCGACAAUGCUUUCCUCGUGCACAAACCGGGCAUUAAAGUGCUGCAAAAAGAUAAUCGUCGCGCUAUGUUGGCGGGCAAGACGAAUCAACUUAUACGUAAAAUCAUCUAUCCGGAAUUGAAGAUAAUGUAUGGUGUACGUCAAGGCUGCGUUGUAUAGUAACUAAUAAAUUGGCAAAAAAGUUGAAAAACUUUUUUAAGCUAUAAUAAGCAUGGAAUUAAAAGACUACUACUACAAUUCAAAAUACUACUUUUUUAAGACGUAGCGCACAGCUACAGCGAAACAUUAACGAUAUGCUGUUGAAAGAAGUAUAUAUGUAUGUAAAAUAUAUAUGUAUAUUGAUAUAAUAAAUUAUUUGCCAGCAAUGCAUAGUUGCAAUUAUGUUUAGUAAAUACUAACUAAUAUCGUCGAUUUGAGCCAACACGCACUGUAAAUGAUUUUUUAGUAGUUUAUUUUGAUUUUAAUUUCAUUUUUAUUUUUUUGUUUAAAUAUGCAAAGAAUAAUCUCAAAAAUAUUUUUGUAACGUAAAUGUAGGUAUUAAUUAAAAAUUGUCACAAAAUUAAAAGUAUACUAUAAACGAAUGAUAUUAUUAUAAAAAAAAAAAAUAUUGUAAAAUGUGAAAGUUCGAAAUUUGUUUUUUGUGAGUAAAUUAAAAUAAAAUUGUGUAUAAUGGGAAAGUUCGAAAUAUAUUUUUUUGUGAGUCAAUUGAAAAAAAAUUAUAAAACAUGAAAGUUCGAAUUUUUUUUUUUGUUUACAAAUUGAACCAAAUAUUGUAAAAUGUGAAAGGUAGAAAAAUUGUUUUCUUUGAAAAAAAACGCCUUACAUAUAUUCAAAAUGUGUUUUGGAAAUUUGUAAUAAGUGAUUUGAAGAUAAAAAAAACAAAAAUGCGUUAAAACAAUAAGAUUAGUGAAAAACUUAGAUAUUUUUGUAUUGUUAAUUAAUUAGUAGUAAGUUUAACGAAUAUAUACAGCAAAAAAAAUACGCGUUGAAAUUUGAAACGCGUAAUAGUCACACACAAAAUAAUUUGAAGCAUACUUUUAAGCGCCAAAAAUGAAAUUUGUUAAACACUUAAAGUGUAUACAAAGUACCACACGCGUUUACAUAACUUUUCGUAUGUACAUAUAUACUUUUGUAUUUUCGCAAAAAUUUCUCUACUUUGUUUUUGUGUUAAAUAAAAUAAGGUAAAUAAUUAAAUAGUUGAUUUAAUAAAUUUGCUUUUAGUCCAUUUUAAUUCCUUUACUAAUACUUUUGUGUUUUAAAUGGCUAUUUCUUUGUAGUUCAUCUAGCAAUUAUAAGCAAACUAUUUUUAAAAAUAUUUCUAAAACUUUUUGUUUAAAUUUUUUAUUCAGCCACUUAAAGGGAAAUUCUAUACGCUUUUGUUCCAAACAGAAAAUAAAAAUAAUUUGUAUUAAUUAAAACCACUUAAAAGUGCUAAAAUGCUAUAUCAUCCGUCUUCGUUUCGCAAUUUUGUUUAAUUCGUUUGAUUUGAAUUCAUUUGUGAGCAAAAAAAAAAAAAUGAAUGCAAAAGAAUUAAAAAUUACACAGUUGAAUUUAAUACAAAGGGAGUUGUCGUAACCGCAAAGAAGCGUGGAAUAACCUACAAUUUUCUAGCCCUGUUUGCUUAUGCCAUUUACAAUUUUUAUACCAGUUUUUGUUCGUUUCACCAUUUGAAAUUUUUUUGGCAAAACGCAGUAAACUGAUAUCGCAGAAUUAAGCCAGUUUUGUUUUCGAUUCACUGCUCUCAAAUUUUUUUGCCAAAACGUAGCGAACUCGUUCGUCCGUUUCGCCACUAUCAAAUUUGUUUGGCAAACGCAGCCUGCUGAAUCCACAUUAAUAUUACAGUUUGUUGUUGUUGUAGCGGCAGAAAACACUUCUAAGGUAAUUUCGAGGAAUGGCGCCGAAUUGACAGUCCUUGGCCAGAUAAAAAUCCGGGCCCGGUCCGGUUACUUAGACUCGACUCGGUAGAACAGCUUGCUAUAAUAUAUUAGUUUCUGGGAAAUUAAAGUCAUCAGUCAUUAGAAAAAAUACGUGGUAAAUAACCUUAAGUUAUUCUAACCCAACUUGCUUGUGCCUGCUUAUG